AUGUUCAGCUGGGCCAAGUCAGCGCUGUCCGCGGUUGCCGGUACCGAGGAGCCCAUCUACGGCCCUGAGGCUAUCCAGCCGGUUGGAAAGAAUGCAGGCGACCCGGCCUUUACCGAACUGGCCAAGGAGAACCUGAAGUGGCAGGCUCUCAACUACACCAACGUCGAGACGCAGACCUUUUACUUCCUCUCGGACGCCGGCCACAUCGGAUUCUUCCAAGUCAUCUAUAACAACAUUUUUGGCGCACGCACGACAGUCCAGUUCAACACCAAGCUCUUCUACCCCAACAACGAGAAGCCUUUCCUCUGGUCUAGUGAUCCUCUGUCAAACCAUGGCUUCGAUGAGGGCCACUACUCUUUCCACGCAGAUGGUGUUUCCAUCCAGCUGAACGAAGACGGCUCUGCAUACACAAUCAAGGCUGCAGUCAACAACAGCAGUCUGGUCAACGUCAAGUUCACCAGGACUGCCCCUGGCUUUCAGGGCGGAAAGACUGGAACCAGCAACUACGGUACGGAUCCCAAAGAACCUUGGGGCAGCAUGCACCACCACUUCUGGCCAAGGUGCGGUGUCGAGGGCUCGGUCAUCACCAGGGAAGGUGAGAUUAAGAUUGACGGUAGGGGCAUGUUCAGCCACGCCUUGCAAGGAAUGAAGCCCCACCACGCUGCCGCGCGAUGGAACUUCGCCAACUUUCAGUCGCCCUCGUACUCCGCCAUCCUCAUGGAGUUCAAGACACCUCCAUCCUACGGGUCGACCGUGGUUCGAGUUAGUGGUAUCGCUACAGACGGCAAGCUGCUCACCGCCGGCAUCAACGGCGAAAUCAAGCACCUCGAGACCAAACAGGAUUCAGACAAUGACUGGCCUGAGCCGACAUCGGCAAGCUACCACUGGGUGGGCAAGACCGAAGAUGGCAAGGAGAUCACCGCAGAGGUCACAGGCGCCUUGGGUAACAAGUACGACCGAGUGGACGUCAUGGCUGAGGUCCCAGGCUUUAUCAAGACCAUUGUCGCAUCUGCGGCUGGCACAAAGCCGUACAUCUACCAAUAUGCGCCGAAGCUUACCAUCAGGGUGAAGGUUGGUGAUGAGGUCAAAGAAGAGGAGGGUGUUCUGUUUACUGAGGCAACUUUCGUCUCGUAA